AUGAAUACAAGAUCUAGUGAAGAUAUACUAAGACCAGAGUCUACCGGACUAAGAAAGACUACUCAGGCUUACAACAAGUCUAAGCUAGGAUUCCUAGCAUUUGCUGGCUCCUUGGGCGGUAUCUGCCUUGGCUAUAAUACCUGCAUCAUUGCAAGUGCUCUUAUCUUUAUCGAAAAAGAUUUCCCCACAAUCACAAAUACUGUUAGACAAUUAUUUGUGAGCUUAACUAUCGCUUGUGCUGCUAUUGGGGCUAUUUUCGGUGGUAUCCUAGCCGAUAGAAUUGGCAGGAAAACUACAAUUAUAGUUUCAGAUUUAUUUUUGAUUCUUGGGCCUGGCAUACUUUGGUCAACAGGCACCCUUAAGUAUCUUUUGCUAGGAAGGGUGCUUAUUGGAUUCGGCCUUGGAAUAUCUGCUCUAGUCUCGACUAUCUUUCUGUCAGAAACGGCACCCUCUCGUAUUCGUGGAGCAGUCGUUGGAAUGUACCAGGUUAUGAUAGCUCUGGGUGUAUUCUUUGCAUUCGGGGCUUCCUUACUAGCCUUCAAGUGGAAGUUAAUGGUGGGUUUGGGUCUCUUCCCAGCAGCACUCCAAUUUCUUCUUGUAGGAUUCUUUCUUCAAGAGACGCCUUACUUCUUGCAGCAUUAAAAAGAAGAUAUUCUGGCUGAGCAUCAUAUGAGAGAGUAUUAUAAUACAGGCAGCGACCGGGGCUCUUAAGAAUUCUACUUUGACGUUGGUGCCUUAAGACAGUUCUAGAAUGAAGAGGGAAAUAUUAUCAAAAGCUAUUCCGAGAUAUUCUCUAAAUAUAGACGAAACCUUAACAUUGGUUGCAUGCUUCAUAUUCUACAAUAGUUAAGUGGAAUUAACAUAAUACUCUACUAUGGCCCACAAAUUUUAAGAGAUGCGGGAUUUGGUAAUAACUAAGAUUCAAGAGUAUUUUUUGGAUUCCUCUUCCUUGGACUAAUUUACUUAUUGAGUUCAAUAUUUGCUUUAUUUAAGAUUGAUACAGUCGGAAGAAGAGAGCUGAUGCUUAGAUGCCUACCAUUUAUUGUUAUAUCAAUGCUAUUGGUCACAACUUCUAUGUUCCUUAGACACUACUUUGAUUACUGGAAAUUAAGUGGACUUACAAGUUUCUUUGGAGCUGUUGUAUUCCUGAUGUUCUAUUCAAAUGGCUUCUAGAUUUAGCCUUGGCUAAUCGCUAGUGAAAUUUUCCCAGUGCACAUCAAAGGAUAAGCAAAUGGCUUGAUAUCAUUUGUGAAUUGGAGCUUUAACUUCCUUUUGACAUCUCUAUUCUUUGCUAUGACUUUAAGUGAUCUGGGCAAAGUAAUUACAUACUCGGUUUUAGCAGUGAUUAAUCUUUUUUCAAUUUGGUUUGCUUAUAACUAUGUGGGUGAGACUAAGGGACUCAUUAUAAGCGAGUGCAUUAAAUUGUAUCAACAUUAUAGUGGUUCAGAAACGUUCAAGCACAGUAAAGAAGCCAUUACUAGAAUGCUUGAUAAUGCUUCUCAAAAUUAGUAGCAUCCUCAUUUUAUCCACAAUUAAGUUUGA